AAUCUAAGAAAGAUUUUAUUAUAUGCAUUAAAAAACUUAAAGUUUUCUCUUUCAUUUGAUCAGCGAUUGCUGUACGAUUUUUCAUUGCCAAGUUGAUGAAUGUUGAAGAAAACAUGGUCGUAAAGUGUGAACACUUUAUGGAACUGGAAAAAAAUGUGGAGCUUUUCUUAGAAAGUUGAUACGAUUUUUUGUUAUAGGUAUACACAUUUUGAAAAUUGCCUUUUUUUCGAUGAAAAUCAAGUGGUCCCUUCAUUUACAUUGUCUCGUAAAAUAUACAUACUUCAAACGUCUUGAAUGUACACAAGUCAUCAGCUAAUGAUACAUGGUGUACAUUUAUACUGUUUUGAAGAUAUACGUCCUUGCUGCAAUAAAUUAUCGUUUAUAACCGUGAGAUAAGAUACUUGGACUAUAUAUUAGUUUAGGAUUUAUUCUUUAUCUUUGUAACCAUACGUUUAAAAGCGGACGCUUCCACCACAUAAUGUAUUAUUUGUCAGAAGAGUAAGUCAACUUCUUCAGAUAUUAAAUCCAGAAUAUAUUUUUAGCAGAUGUACCAAGCAGUCAAGGCAGUUUCCUUUGGAUUAUUGCUGUCCCUUUCAAUGCUAAAUGGAAUUAAAUCUGAUUGCCAUUAUUAUCAAGAAAUGGAAGUUGGGCCAACAUAUUAUGUGAAUAAUUCCGAAUAUGGAUAUAACUAUAAAGGUGAAAACCAUUGUAUAUGGGAAGCAAAGAGUCCUUAUACUAUCAAAAUAAAUUGCACUGAUAUUAGUAUCCCACAGAGUAAAGAUUGUGCUAAAGAGUGUAUAUCUAUACAAUUUGAUGGAAGCAAUGUGAAUAAAUAUUGCGGUUACGGCUCAUUUACUAUCGAAGGAAAAAAUGCGAUUAUAAAAUUAGACACAGAAUGGGACGCGCAAGGAGGUAGAUUUUUAUGCGAACUUAAAACGGAAAAUCCGUCCGAUUGCCAAUGCGGCUGGAAAAAAACAACUAAGAUAGUAGGCGGUGAAGAAACAGGAGUAAAUGAAUAUCCCAUGAUGGCUGGGCUCGUCGAUAGUGAAAACAGAGUAAUAUAUUGCGGUGCUACUAUAAUAAGUAAAAGUCAUGUAGUAACAGCAGCUCAUUGCGUAGAAAAUAGAGACAUGAAUAAAGUUGGUAUUCUUGUCGGUGAACAUGAUGUAACAAUAGGCGAAGAAACUAAUGCAACCAGGUUGCAUCGCAUAAAAAAGUGUACUAUACAUCCCCAGUACGACAGUAACACUUCGCAUGAUAUAGCUGUUUGUGAGACUAAUGACACCAUAGAAUUUAAUGCCGCAGUUGGUCCAGUCUGCUUACCAUUUCAACAUAAACAGGAUUCGUUCGAUAACGAAAAUGUGACUGCAUUGGGCUGGGGUUUAACGGAGUUUGCCGGAGCCAAAGCGACUAAGCUGCAAAAAGUGAAUUUAACUGUAAUGAAUCUUAAUACAUGCAAUGAUAAAUAUGAAUCUCAUAAUAAAGAUUCUUCGGAAAUGUGCACUUAUACUAAUGAAAGAAAAGAUACCUGUCAGAUGGAUAGCGGCGGACCUAUUUUAUGGCAAGAUCCUGUUACAUAUAGGCUUGUAUUAGUUGGUAUUACAUCGAGCGGCGUUGGCUGUGCCUCAGGAGUACCUGCUGUCUGUACACGUGCAGGAUAUUAUAUCGAAUGGAUACAGUCCGUAACACCUGGUAUGCAAUAUUGCAAAGCUGAGUGAAUGUAUAUUCUAUAUU